UUUGGCCGGCCGGUCCAGCGGCACGCGUGCGCAGUGGCUAAGGGGCGGGGCGUCGCCGGGGGCGUGGUUUUAGCGGGAGGCGCUGGGAAAUGGAGGCUCCGCGGGGAAAAGCCCCUCUGGACCCGGAAGAGAAGGCCCAGCUGAAGGAAAAGCUGGCCUUUUUGAAAAGAGAGUACAGAAGGACCUUUCACAGGUUGCAGCGCGCUGAAAGAGCUGAGAGGGUAAAAACCUACGUCAAGAGAACAGUGGCAGAGCAAAAUCUUUUGCUUAUACAGGAGGAGAAUGAGAAGGACCGUGAAGGAUCUGUCAUUGGCCAGACAGCACUGGUAGCCUCCGAGGAGGUCCCUAUCAGUACCUGUCCGACAAGGAGCCCUGGAAAGACACCAUCCAUCACCUUCAAGCCUGAACCCGAGGUUUUCAACCAAGAAGAUGUUUGCUUGCUCUCAACUCCUGUUUCCAAACGUACCGGUCGGGACUGUAGAAAAGUUCUCUUUGGUCCAGUGGAAAAAUGGGCCCAUCUCUCAAAAAGCAGAACCAGAGCACAACGGAGGGCAACCUUGCCUUUGGAAAAGAGAGCAGAAUCUGCCAGUGAGGCACUUUGCGGAGAUGUUGGUUGCCAACCAGAACAGGGGGCAGGUGCCAGCAGUGGUGGUUCUCAGUCACCAGUCUUUAAGAGGAGAAUCAGCAGCAUUCGGGAGGCCAUGCCAGAGUUGUCAGUGGCCACAACAGAUGGAAGCAGCUGUGAAUCGAUUCCUUUGGUGCUACGUCCAGAAUGUCCACAGGAAGCUUCCGCAAAGACUAGAGAUUCCUUUCCAUUUCCUUACCCUCUGUCCUGUGAGAGCCAGGUGCCCUCCCUUAGUCCUCCCUGCCAUCAGAAGCCAUCUGUUAGCUUUGAAAACUCAGCCAGAGAGAACACCCCAUCACAAAAAGACCUACAAAGCGGCAGGAAGGAGGCUGCCCUGAUGGAAGAGAAUCAAGCACAGUCAGGAGAGGAAAACUCAGAUCUCAGGAGGUUUGCAGUGAGCAGCCAGGAUUUGGAAGGACAUGGCACCCCCCUUGGUGUGCCUGAGGGUGGCAUGUAUGAAGAAGGAAGCCCAGGCAAGGAGUCUCCGGCCUCAGGCUUCUGCAGUGGAGAUCCUCCUUCCAGCAAAUCGAGGGCAAAUGGUUUAAGAAAACCGCUUGAACCUGACUCUUCCCUCCUGGAAGAGCCGCUUCCUCCUGCUGCACCUGCUCAGAAGGUGCUGAGCUCUUGUACGGUGGUUGAGGGUCUCCUCUUCCCUGUGGAGUAUUAUGUGAGGACCACUCGGCGAAUGUCCAGCCGCCAGAGCGAGAUCAACUUGGAGGCCGUCAUUCAGAGCCAUCUGGGGAGAAGUAAGAAAGGGCAGAAAGUUGCAUGGAAGGAGAGGAACACAGAGCUGGUUUUGUCCUCCCAAGAGCCAGUAGGAAGUGCUGGCCCACCGAAGGCUGUUCCUUUCUCAGCUCCUGCUGCUUCUCCUUCCUUCCAGUCCUCUUGUGAGAGUGCUGCUUCCAAUAGAGGCCUGGUUCAGAGUGAGGGGCGCCUGCAGAUCAGGAGAAAGAGGAGACCAAGAGAGAGGUCUCAUUCCUGGACCUUGUCCACCUCCUUGCAAGAUCCAUUGGAGAACUCAGAGGUAGCAGAUGGUUCUUUCACCUCCAGUAAGUCUCAAGGAAGGGAAGAAGUUGGCCCAGGCAGAGGCAAGGCCACGGAGACUCCUGUGGUGGCUGGUGGCAGACGGAGAGGCAGGAAGGGACCAGGAAAGGGCAGAAACCAUGAGGCUGAGUUAGAAACAAUCCUUAGUUCUCCCGUUCUCCCAGAAGCUGAUCCUGCUUCUGGCUUUGAGAAGGACCUGGAAGAAGACUGUGAGAGGCUUCUUUGGGAGAAUAACCCCUCUCAACAGACUGGAAGUCUUCCCUGUCACAGCCAGAGAGGUGAAGCAUCCCCUCUCCAGUGGCUGCCGCCUUCUAACCCAGACCUCCAAGAAUUCUGCUUACCUGAAGAUGAAUUUGGUCUCCUGAAAUCAGAAAAACUCAAGACUUGUGUUGUGAAAGAGCCAGAGAGUUUGACUGCUGAGGGCCAACCACUUGCCAGCGAGGCUGGUCCUGAAGAAUCAGCACCAGGGGAGAGCUUCAGAGAUGCUGGCACAUCUGCUGCACAAGAGACUUUAGCUGCCUCACAGCUUCCUCGCCACUUGCACCAGACAGAUCUUUCCUCAAAUGAACUGCUCUUCUCGCCAGCCCCAGAUGGUGUGAGCUGCCCACUGCAGUCCCCACUGCCCACCCCAGCUUUCCCCAUGGUGGGGACCACUCCAGCUUCCCCGGCUUUGCCUGCUAGCCAAGUCUCUCCAGAUGUGUUUUGUGCUUCCUCUUGGCAAGCAACAGCUGGUGAUGGAGGUGAACCUGGGACCUUGGCAGAGGCUUCUCCCUCCUUCCCAAGAAGUGGCAUGAGGAGACAGCGGCUGCAGAGUCAGUGCAGAGCCAGUUGGCCAGCUGAAGAGGAACUAGAGAGCCUUGAGGAAAGACUGGCUGGAGAGUCUCUGCGGGGUUCCAGUGAAUCCCCCAAACAGAACGAAGGGGAGGUGGAGUGCCUGGUGGAACCAUCACUGGAAGGCAUCCUGGGAGAAGGCAAAUUGCAAAUGACUUCAAAACUCAAGAGCUGCUCUGGUUCCUCCUUCGUGGAUGUGGGCACCGUCUGGUGGGAAGCGGCAGACUUCACCGCUCUGUGUGUUUUGACAGCCAGCGAGACAUCCGUUUCCCUCUGGAGGCAGAUGGAUGACGGUCACUGGGCAGUCAUGCACACCUGGCACUUCAACAAGGUUCUAGUCAUUCAAAUCAUUCCCCUGCCAGGGGUCCGCAGCCUAGUGUGUGUGGCUUUAGGAUCCCUGGAGAUUGUGGAGAUACGGUUUUUGUUUCAUUCUUCUGAGGGCGACUCUGUUACACAAUCGUCAGUCAAAGCAGGAAAGAUAAAAGCUGUUCUUGGCCUGAGGAAGAGGAGGCUAGUCACCAGCUGCGGCUCCCUCAGAGACCAAGAGGUGGAAGUCGCCUCCUUCUCAGAGCUGGGAAGGAGCAACGAGAGACAGACUUUGAUGCCUCCUGAAGAGACCAUAUUGGCUUUUGCAGAUGUGGAAGGGAUGCAGGAGGCUUUGGUUGGCAUGACAGCCACGAACUGCCUUGUCGUCUGGAACUUGGCAUCUGGGCAGCUGCUGAGGAAGAUGUCUGUGGGCUGCUCCUACCCUGCCUCUGUCUGCCACAGAGCCUAUGCUGACUUGGGCCUCCUGUUUGUGGUCCUGAGCCAUCCGCAUGCCAAGGAGAGCAAGGCCUGUGGGAUCCCUGCCUUCCAGGUCGUCGCCAUCAACCCCAAGACAGCCAGGAGUGCAACGGUGACGUCGUUGUCCCUUCCACUGGGCAGCGAAGGAAGGUACCUGGAAGGCGAGGUGAGGGAUGCUUCUGCAGCGGCCGUGAUGACGUCUGGAACCAUUGCCGUGUGGGAUUUAUUUUUGGGGAGGUGCACGGCUGUGCUGCCCCCCAACUCUGAAGGGAAGUGGUCUCUGGUCAGGUGGUCAGUCACGGACACCUGUUUGCUUGCUGGGCAAAACGACGGCAGCGUUUACAUCUACAGCUACACACCUCACCUGCGCUCUCCCUGAGGGACAUCCUCUGGUGGGAAAGAGGUCCUCCGGCAGGAUUUCCUGCACCGAGAAGGAGGGCUUGUUGCCCCCAACUGGAUCCAUUUCCUUGAGAGACAGGGCAUUCUGGGAUACAUCCACUCCGCAAGCGCCAGAAAGCUUCUUCUUCUGCUGCUGCUGCUUCAGAGCACUGCAAACUGAAGAGCUGAUAGCUGAGGAAGUGACUGAGAGCAUUGCCUCUGGAGUCAAUGGGAGCUUGUGCCUUGUGCCUCUUCCUUGAGGGCUUGUGCCUUUGAGCUGAUAAAAAAAACUUUUUGCAUUGUUUUAAAUGUGCAGUUCUAUUAAAACCCCAACGUUAAAAGUGAA